AUGAGUCAACCUCGAAGUACGAUCUGUCUCCGUGCAUUCUGCAUAACAUUCGUCAUCAUUUGUUGUACUAUGGUGAACAUGGUGCAUUCACGUGAGUUUUAUGACUUGACACCUGUCAAGUUGGGAUGUGAAGUUCGUGGCAUUGACAUUGGAAAUCAUCUAGCUGAAGAAGUGAUCGAACAAAUUAAAAAAGACGUGACCGAACACCGUCUGUUGAUUUUCAAAGAUCAACAUAAUAUUUCACCGAACAGGCAUGUUGGAAUCGGCAGGUGGUUCGGAGAUCUGGAGUCGUCAUUUUUCACGCAACAUCCUAAGUCGCCAUUACGUGACGUAUACCGCGUGUCGAAUGAUGACUCGGAAGGUUUACGUGCAGUGGGAACUGGAGCAUGGCAUAGUGAUUGCUUGUAUUUGCCAAAUUUAUGCAGUUAUUCAAUCUUCCAUGUUAUAAACGUUUCUAAAGAGGCUGAAACAGAUUUUGUGCCCUUGAACGAGAUAGUUGAAGGAUUGUCAGAAUCCCAACUAAGUAAAUGGGAAAAGCUAUGGUUAGUUGUAAUCAGAAAAGAAGUACGUGUUGACCAUCCAUUAAUUUAUUCACACCCAGAAAGUAAUAAAAAGGUGUUAUCUCUACCAACUGGCUUUGUUAAGGCUUUUGCGUGGGACACUGGCGACGGUACCAAGUUUCUCAGUGAUAGGGAAGGUUCAACUGAGAUUCGCAAUGAAAUACUUAGUGUGCUGAAAAGGCGUCUUGAAGAUCUCAAGUACCCACACAUGUGGGAAGUUGGUGAUUUUAUCAUAGCCGACAAUCAGGCUGUUGCACAUUGGGCGCCGCCAUCAUCGCAGAAACCGCGAACGGAAGUUGGUUUGCGUGUUUUACACAGAGUGACGGUAGCUGGAAAGGAAGCCCCAGAAAGAAAAUAUGAUUCAUUCAAAGAAAAAGAUGAACUCUAA